AUGUCGGGUCCUUUGAAUCCUCAGCACUUGGUCGGGAUUGCCCCACUCACAGGAACCACUGAUUCACGUCGUGUUCUUGUGUGCCCUGUCGAGGCACCGAUGCGUGGAGUUUUGGGUCUGCAUAAGCAGUGGCGUGCCGUGAAGCGCUUCUGCCGUCGGGUUUCUAGGAUGCCGAAGCGCUUUGAAGCCUUCGCCGAGGAGUCCCCGGUGUGUCAAGAAGUCACUGCAAAACCGCAAGAAUUGGCCACAGUGCAUGUAGCAGAUAGCCUGCCCCAUGAUGAGCCGCCACUUCCAAGAAAAGACGCGGAGCAUGUUCCAGUUCCAGCUGCCUCAACAGGUGAAGCAACCACUGAUGGCUUGCCACCGGAGCUGCAUGCGCCAGUACAUGCACCCCCGCCUGCUUUGAACGUGCCUCCUGAGCCAACUCAGCCACCCUGUGUGCCGCAGUGCAACCACUACGAGGAGAGGUUUGAAGCUGAGGCCAGCUCUGACUCUGAUGAGGAGCCUCCAUUACUGGAGUAG